AUGUCUAGUCCCCACCGCGAUUCAACAAAACCGCCGCCGGAGGUUGUCAAGAAGCCGGAAAUUCCGCCGUUUCCGACGAGGCGAAGAGUCAGUGCGGACGGGGAUGAUGGUUUGGAUAAAGGACGCAAUGAUUCGGACGGCGGCGAUCCGAAUUUAAUCGAGGCGGCAGCUUUGGGACUCAAUCAAAUCAGGACGCGCUUUGGACCUAGAAAGCUGAAGCCGGCUAAUUCCCUCGGCAGUACUACUCUGAAUGUUGAGGUUUUGGAGUCCGUAGGAAAUGAUGCAGCUGACGUUAAAGGUAGAUUGCCCUUCGCUUCUCUUUACUGCGACUUUACAUCCAUGAAUCUGGAUAAGUUAACAGAUUGGUUGAUGACAAUUGACAUCAAUCCUUACACAACAGAAGGAGAAAAAGGAUGUUGGAAUCAUUUGAAGUCACUGAAAGUCAUCUCGCCCCGGAGGCCUGGGCCAGAGGGUCAUCAUGCAACUUUUGGGAAGGAAAUGCAGUCGGCACGUUUUCAGGCCAUUGUCCGUCGUAAGAAAAGGUCACCAGAAACCAAGAGCUUCUCUCAUGAAUUUGAUUCCAAAGGUGUUAGACCCCUUCCCUUUUGGAAGUCUCGCGCCAUAGGCCGCACGGAAGAAAUGAUGGUAAUGAUACGAUUGAAGUUUGAUAAACUGAAAGAUGAUGUUAAUACUGAUUUAGGCAUUUUUGCUGGGGAUUUGGUGAGUGAACUUGGGAAGACUUCAGAAUCUCAUCCAGACCGGAAAAAACAUUUGGAAGAUUUGUUGAUAAUAGCUAGGCAGUGUGCAAAGAUGUCACCCACUGAGUUUUGGACAGAUUGUGAAGGAAUUGUACAGAAUUUAGAUGAUCGGCGCCAAGAGUUGCCUAUGGGUACACUGAAGCAACUGCAUACACGUCUUUUAUUUAUUCUUACUCGCUGCACUCGUCUUGUUCAAAUCCUAAAGGAAAGUGGUUAUGAAGAUAAUCAUAUUCUGGUUUCACACCAGCUCAGUGACCUUGGCAUAUAUCCAGAGUGUAGUAUUGAGAAACCAACAUAUAAAGCCCCAGAGCCAGAUCUAAGCAAUCUGACUGAUAAUCAAAACCAUGAAACUGAAGAGGUUAGCCCCAGAAAGACCAUUACUUCAUCUACAGGCAGCUUUAAAAUAUCAUCUUGGAAGAAACUCCCCUCUGCAGCUGAAAAAAGCCAGAAAAGACACAAUUCCUACAAGACAGCAUCUGAGGAUAAAUCAGAGGAUUUACAACAGAAAUGGGAAAGAUACAAUCAAGAAAAUAUCGAAGCACCAGCCUGUCAGGCAGAACAUGCUGACGGAACAGAAAAAGUCACUUGGGGAAUUUGGGACCAUCACCACAUGGCAUAUGAGGAUUCACUAAUCUGUCGAAUAUGUGAAGUUGAAAUUCCAACAGCUCAUGUAGAGCUACACUCAAGAAUUUGUGCUAUUGCAGACAGAUGCGAUUUAAAGAGUUUAACAGUAGAUGAACGACUUGAAAGAGUUGCUGAGACUCUUGACAAGAUACUUGAAUCUUGGACUUCAAAAAACUCAGACACUGGGACAGGAAGUCCUGAAGCAGUGGGUGUCUACACAUCAAGUGUACACCAUCUCUUGGAUGAAUUGUCAUCAAAAGGGGACUGUUUGAGCUGCCAAUGUUCCAAAGACAUUCUGGAUGGGGUUAAUGAGGCUGAUGGUACUUUUCUGGAUGAUCUUCCUAGUUCAUUGAGAUCGUCAUUUGAAGCACUAUCUCACACAAGUGAUCAAAGUAAGAGAGCAUCAUCAUCAGGAAGCUUGACACCCCGAUCUCCUUUAGUAACUCCACGUAUGAUCCAGAUACAGAUUCUGCUGAAUACGCAUAGAGCACUAUCGGAAUUAGAAAGUUGUCAGCAGAUAAGGCAGCUGCUGGAUAUUGCUCGAUCUGUAGCAAAUGCUAACAGAACUGAUUACAGCACACUGGAGUAUAUGAUUGAAAAAUUGGAAGACCUCAAGUAUGCUAUUAAUGAGAGGAAGGUGGAUGGACUUGUUGUUGAGACAUUUGGGAGACGCAUAGAGAAACUAAUUCAGGAAAAAUACGUAGUGCUAUGUGGAAAAAUUGACGAUGAAAAGGGAGAUUUACAAAGCAACGUGGAAGAAGAUACAAGUCGCAAUUCACAUGCAACCCCUAUUAAUGCAUGUGCAAAAGAUCGGACAUCCAUUGAAGAUUUUGAAAUAAUGAAACCUAUUAGCCGAGGUGCUUUUGGACUAGUUUUUCUGGCUAGGAAGAGGGCUACUGGUGAUUUAUUUGCAAUAAAAGUUUUGAAGAAAGCAGACAUGAUUCGAAAAAAUGCAGUGGAAAGUAUCUUAGCUGAACGCGAUAUUUUGAUAUCAGUUUGCAACCCUUUUGUGGUCCGGUUUUUCUAUUCUUUCACAUGUAGGGAAAAUCUUUAUCUGGUCAUGGAAUACUUAAAUGGAGGAGAUCUUUUCUCCUUGCUGAGAAAUCUAGGAUGCUUAGAGGAUGAUAUGGCUCGUGUAUAUAUUGCAGAAGUUGUACUUGCUUUGGAGUAUCUGCACUCCUUAAGUGUUGUCCAUAGAGACUUGAAGCCAGAUAAUUUGUUGAUUGGUCCAGAUGGUCACCUCAAGUUGACAGAUUUUGGUCUCUCCAAGGUUGGCCUCAUAAAUAGUACUGAUGACUUAUCUGGACCCUCAGCUUUGCUGGGGGACGAUAAAACGAAUUCCACAGUGCACUCAUCGCCGAAAAGAGAACAUAGGAAAGAGCAUUCAGUUGUUGGCACACCUGACUAUUUGGCCCCGGAGAUACUUCUUGGAAUGGAACAUGGAGCAACGGCUGACUGGUGGUCUGUGGGAGCCAUACUUUUUGAGCUUCUUGUGGGUAUGCCGCCUUUCAAUGCAGAAACUCCGCAGCAAGUUUUCAACAAUAUUAUAAAUAGAGACAUACCUUGGCCCAAGGUUCCGGAUGAAAUGAGUUAUGAAGCUUAUGAUCUUAUUAACAAGUUGCUGCAUGAAAAUCCAGUUCAAAGAUUGGGUGCCACCGGCACUGGAGAGGUUAAAGGCCAUCCUUACUUCAAAGAUAUCAAUUGGGACACACUUGCAAGGCAGAAGGCGGCUUUUAUACCGUCAGCCGAUGCACAGGACACAAGCUACUUCAUGAGCCGAUAUAUAUGGAAUGUGGAAGACGAAAACAUUCAUCGAGGCAGUGAUUUCGAUGAUAUUACUGAGACAGGCAGCGCAUCCUGCAGUAGCAGCACAUACAGCAACAUGCAGGAUGAAGAUGGGGAUGAAUGUGGAAAUUUGGCGGACUUUACUGCUGCUCCCGCCCUUGAAACGAAGUACUCCUUCAGCAACUUCUCCUUUAAGAACUUGUCACAGUUAGCUUCUAUCAACUAUGAUUUGGUCACGAAGAAUAAGAAAGAGCCUUAGCACAGGUUGGAUCGACACUCCAUCCAUCCCACGACGCUGUCUAUAUAUAUAUAUGUUAUAGCUCUCACGCCCACACCCCGACUGUCUAUUCCGCCGUGAAUUUCCUGGUGAGGUUGCCUUGAGCUUGUUAAAGAUGCAAUAAUGGCGUUGAAUUGCUCGUAACAUGCUCGAUUUGCAGAACCUUCCACGU